AGGAGAUCAAUGAAUUAUAAUGAUUGAUUGGCGUCUGCGAUGCCAUUCAAUUUCUUGCGUUUACAUGCAUGGGCACAACCACAAUGUCCAAUGAAUUGGAAAUCCAUGCCCCUGACACCAUAAAAGAUGUCAGCCAUGUACAGCAUGUUGAUUUCGCCUCAGACAGCAAAACCUCCUCCAAGGAGCGUACAGUCAAUUUCUUUCUGCUUCUGACCUGCGCUGCUUUCGGUUCGGCUUCACUGGUGUUCGGUUUCGAUGACAAGAUAAUUUCACCGGUAGCUGCAUUGGCGCCAUUUGUCGACAAAUAUCAAGGGCCUGAGCCACUAACAGGAAAGCUGGUCUUGACGGCUCGUAAUCAAAGCAUUCUAUUCUCCAUCCCUCUAAUAGGCUCCAUCCUGGGCGGUUUGGCUGCCUCUCCGCUGAAUUCAAGGUUGGGUCGGAAGUGCCCCUUGUUAAUUGCCUAUACAAUCUCCAUCGGCGGCAGCUUGCUCCAGGUCCUAGCCCCAAAUCUGGGGGCAUUUGUUUCUGGUCGAUUUAUCAACGGGAUCGCUACAGGGAUUGCCAAUAGCACGGCUCCCUUGUAUCUAGCAGAGGUCGUUCCUGCCUCUAUGAGAGGCAGAAGUGUAUCGCUGAUUAAUAUUCUCACCCUGGUAGCUGGUGUCCUGGGCACCAUCGUGGUGUUGUGCACCCACGACUUGAGGGGCUCGAGUUCGUACCGGAUUCCUUUAACAGUCCAAUGUGUCCUUCCUGCGUUGCUAUUCAUCUGGACCUUGCCUUUGCCCGAGAGCCCGCAAUGGCUUGUUUCUAAAGGCAGGCUGGACGCGGCUCGCAGCAACUUGCGAAGACUGCGCCGCUGCAGUGAACAACGGGUCGACGAGGAGCUUCGAGAUAUGGAACUUUCCGAAGGACACGCUUCUGAUGUGAACGUGUCCUUCAUGGAAAUAUUCUCGAAAAAGCACCUUCAGCGCACUUUGACUGCCGGGUCUUUUUACUCUCUGAACCAGGUUUCAGGCAUCAUUCUUUCAACAACAUAUAGCACGGUCUUCCUGUCCGGGAUUGGAAUCGGAGACCCAUUCACAUUAACUGUGAUAGCUUCUUGUUGCACUCUUGCGGGUACAAUCGCUGCGCCGUUCAUGUUGGACCGGGCUGGCCGCCGCCCUACCGCGUUAGCGGGCAUGAGCAUCCUCUUCAUCAUCGACCUUGCGGCUGGUGGUCUGGCGUUCAACAAGGGGAACCGCCAUUCAGCCAUAGCAAUUGCGGCCUUGUCCUUUGCGUUCAACUUCUUCUGGGCCUCCUCCUUCUCCCCAAUAUCGACGCUGCUGCCUUCGGAGAUGGCUACUCCUAAGCUUCGUCACCACACCAUGGCAUAUACAAUCGCCUGCGCCCAGACCACCGCAGUGAUCACGACUCUGGUGGUGCCCCAGCUAACAGCACCCGAUGCAGCAAAUCUGGGGCCAAAAACUUAUCUUGUUUUUGCCGGCUGCAUGGCGUGUAUCCUGAUCUUUGCCUAUCUUUGCAUCCCAGAGACCAAAGGCCGCACAUUCGUGGAAAUUGACGCAAUGUAUAAUGCCAAUAUUCCUGCACGGAAAUGGAGGCAGUAUUGGCACUCGCUCGAAAAGGCCACUGGCUCUGAUUCCCAAGGCUCCACAAAGCCUCCAUAGCGGCAGCUUGAAGAGAAAGCCGACUUAACCAGCGGGUGCUGUCAUCGGUGUAGGAAAUAUGAAGCUGUAACACUUAUUUUCUAUGGCGCUGUAUUUUAUAGUACACUAUAGUCUGGCUGUUUUCAGUAUCAGGGCGUGGUGUUUCUAUUGUACCAAAGAGUGCGCUUAGACCAAACCAAAAAGAUAGGGUAACAGUUUC